AUGGCGACGCUGAUCCGCAGCAAGAUCUCCAAUGUGGCCACCUCGGUUUCCAACAAGUCCCAGGCGAAAGUCAGCGGCAUGUUUGCCCGUAUGGGUUUCCAGGCUGCCACGGAUGAAGAGGCGGUGGGCUUCGUCCACUGCGAUGACCUCGAUUACGAGCACCGGCAGGGGCUGCAGAUGGACAUCUUGAAAUCCGAGGGAAGCGAGGAAGGCGGAGAGCCGCCCUUGGAGGGCGAUAUCCACUACCAGCGGGAUGGCACUGGCCCCCUGGCCCCAUCUGGCUCCAAGGACGAAGGCGUAUGCUCCGAGUUGUCCGGCCAAGGGAAGCCCAGGAUCACGGCGUGGGAAGCUGGCUGGAACGUCACCAAUGCCAUCCAGGGGAUGUUUGUCCUUGGCCUGCCCUAUGCUAUUCUUCAUGGUGGAUACCUAGGACUCUUUUUAAUUAUUUUUGCAGCUGUGGUUUGCUGCUACACUGGGAAAAUUCUUAUUGCCUGUCUCUACGAAGAGAAUGAAGAUGGGGAGAUAGUCAGGGUGAGAGACUCCUAUGUGGACAUUGCUAAUGCCUGCUGCACUCCCAGGUUUCCCACGCUUGGGGGCAGGAUUGUGAAUGUAGCUCAGAUCAUAGAGCUGGUCAUGACCUGCAUCCUCUAUGUCGUGGUCAGUGGCAACCUGAUGUACAACAGCUUCCCGAGCUUGCCAGUCUCCCAGAAAUCAUGGUCCAUCAUUGCCACAGCUGUGCUCCUGCCUUGUGCUUUCUUGAAGAACCUCAAGGCCGUCUCCAAGUUCAGCUUGCUCUGCACCUUGGCCCAUUUUGUGAUCAACAUUUUGGUGAUUGCCUACUGUCUUUCCAGAGCCCGUGACUGGGCAUGGGACAAAGUCAAGUUUUACAUUGAUGUGAAAAAGUUUCCCAUUUCUAUUGGCAUCAUUGUCUUCAGCUAUACCUCCCAGAUCUUUCUGCCUUCCUUAGAAGGGAACAUGCAGAACCCCAAGGAGUUCCAUUGCAUGAUGAACUGGACUCACAUAGCUGCUUGCAUCCUGAAGGGACUCUUUGCCUUGGUAGCCUAUCUGACUUGGGCUGACGACACAAAAGAAGUCAUCACAGACAACCUGCCAUCCACCAUUAGAGCUGUUGUUAACAUUUUCUUGGUGGCCAAGGCCUUGCUUUCAUAUCCAUUGCCCUUCUUUGCAGCUGUGGAAGUCCUGGAGAGAUCUCUCUUCCAAGAUGGAAACAGGGCCUUCUUCCCUAAUUGUUAUGGGGGUGAUGGGAGGCUCAAAGCUUGGGGGCUGACCCUCCGGUGUGCUCUGGUCGUAUUCACCUUGUUGAUGGCCAUUUAUGUUCCACAUUUUGCCCUCCUGAUGGGCCUGACAGGAAGCCUCACAGGUGCAGGCCUCUGUUUCCUCCUUCCCAGUCUCUUCCACCUCAAGCUUUUGUGGAGGAAGCUCUUGUGGCACCAUGUCUUCUUUGAUGUGGCCAUUUUUGUAAUAGGUGGUAUAUGCAGUGUGUCUGGGUUCAUUCACUCACUAGAAGGUCUAAUUGAAGCUUUUAGAACCAAUGCAGAAGACUAA